UUGACAGCUGAUAUUGUUUUCACACGAUUGUUGUGGUCGGCGGUCGUGUUUAUAUUUUGUGCGGAAAAUUCGGAAUAUGUCGAUAAUAAUGUGAUAUUCCAGUGAUUUAUGUGUGUGAAUACUAAACCAUUAUCAUGAUAACGAGGAAGUGACGUUACACGAAACAAAAUAUUUAAUUUUUAUAUUUUAAGAAAUCACAAUGGCCAAAUAUUAUGCACUGAUGCUCCUAGAGCGCAUGCUGCUUCCUGGAAGCUUGCUGUUGAGCAUAGCACUGCGGCCGUACGGGCUAUCCGUCAUAUAUCUGCUCCUGUACUUAAUAGCACCUCUAGUCCAAAUUCCUGAUGCACAAACGUUUUCUGGUUUCCGCGGGCGUUUCCUCCUGCUAAUCACCGUGAUAUCAUCAUGCCUGCUAGCACUACACGUGGCAUGGCACAGCGUGCUAGCGGGGUUCACGCCCUACGGCUCUCUGCUGGCGGACUACCCGGUGGUGAAGCUGGUCGGAGACAACCUGGGGCUGGUCAGCUACAACGGGAUCGAGCCGCUGAUGGCCGUGCAAUUUUUGGCGCCGGAGAUAGUGAUGACUUUAUCAUCACUUCUCUUGUACCUGGCGGUGAAGCGGCUGGUGGCGGGCGUGGAGGACCCCACGGAGCUCGGCAACUCCAAGUUCCAGCGGUACCCGACGCUGGCUAGCGCAGGCAAAUACCUGGCGCUAUUCCUCAUAAUGUUCUCCGGUAUAAUGCGUCCGAGCGUGACCUCCGGCUUCUACUUCCUUGUGUUCAUGGGAGCCGCGACCGCCUGGUCACUGGGCAAGCCGCUCGAGCGAGGGUUCGCGGUGGUGCAGAGGAUCGUGAUGGCGUUCAUGGGGGUUCAUAUGCUGGGGUUGUUAGCCUACCAGUGCACCGUGCUGAUGGAGUGGUAUCCGCCCGAAAUGGACUUUGCUAGAUACUUUGGCCUAACCCGUCUAGUCGUGAUCACGGACGGCCACUUCAGCUACGACGCCGCCGACGCCGCGCACUGGGCCACCAUGGCCAGCCCUCUAGUCAUACUCGUCACAUACUUCUUCCUCGGCAUAGAGUCCCGGGAACUAUUCAAGCCAAAGGAGAGGACAAAGAGCGCUUUGACAGGCCUAGAGACCGGCAUGAACGGCUCGCUGAGCCGCGGGAUGUCGUUCCGGAAAGGCACCAAAGACAAGUGGAAGGCGGCCACCAAAAGAGUUCGAUUAAUGCGUCGGCUAAGCUUCCGCAACAGCGUUGGUGCCAGACUGCAGCAAGACUCCCUGGGUUCCAUCGUCGUGCCCGAUGAAGAAUCAGUGGUAGAGAAGGGCAAGCCGUCUCUAAAAGAUGACAUACUGGCCGCCGUCGUUGACUUCUUCCAAGUACUAAUAAGAUCAUCCUACAUAGCGACAACCGUGACCAUGAUGGCAUGGAGCAUCAUGUUCCACUCGUGGCUGACCUUCGUGUUCCUGAUGUGGGGCAACCUGGUCUGGCUGUGUCACAACCAGCGCUCGUUCAUGCUGAAGACCAGUCCCGUGCUGGUGGUGUAUGCGAUGUUCCUGCUGCUGGCUCAGUAUAUCUAUGGCAUGAACUUGACGGAGGAGGAGUUGCCGUCGAAUAUCACGUCGGUGAACCUCCGUCAGAUUGGGUUCAGCAGGCCCGCCUCAGAAGCUUGCAUCCCGCUGCUGAUCAAGUCUCUCUUCACAUGCAUGUUCUGGGUGACGCUCCGACAGAGGAUCCAGGAGAUCAGGGGUAGGAGACAGUCGACGAUAGCGGCGGAUAUAGCUGCGCCGCUCCAACUCACCAUGUCUACGGCUGCUAGUGUGAUGGAACAACAGAGGGAAGAAGAGCAAAGGUCCCGUCUACUGACAGCUUUCGGCAAAUGGCUUAGAGCUCUCUGUGCCAGAUACUGGAUCUACGUGGUGGUGAUCAUGCUGUUUGUGAUCGGCAUCACGGGGGAACGCAUGACGAUAUUCAGAAUCAUUUACAUGUUUCUGUUCUUGUCGUUUAUAUUGAUGUUUCAGCUAAGUUGGUACUGGUGGCGAAGACUGAUGUAUAUGUUCUGGAUAACAGUGAUCAUUUACUCCAUGAUCAAUCUUAUACUCAUCUACAUCUACCAGUUCGACAACUUCUCCAAAACUAUAGAGACGUACUUGUACAUCAAUGAACGACUACAACACGACCUCGGGUUAGACACUUACCACCCGGCCGACCUGUUCGUGAAGCUGCUGACGCCGACGCUGUUCCUCAUCAUGACCAUCAUGCAGGUGCACUACUUCCACGCGGACUUCAUGAAGCUGUCCGACCCCAGGAACCGAUCAGACGGAAAAGGUGGAUCCAGUCGUCCAAGCCAAGGCGCUUCUACAAUACAGAACGAUAUAACAGCCCUACCUUUAGAAGAAGAAGUGCGUCCGGGCUCGCGCGGCGCGCAGUCGGACCGCUCCACCGAGCGAGACAUGUCCUCGAGGCAGCUGGAGAACGAGAACAACGAGAAACGAGACUCCGUGCCGAAACUGGACAGGACGCGUUCGAACGCGCCAACGCUGACCGAGAACCCGUCAGUGACAUUCAGAGAGCUGGCGUUCCGCGCGUUCACUCGCGGUCGCGAGCAACUGUACAAGCUCGUCGAUAAAGUGUUCAUUUAUCUGGAGCUUCAUCUGAUAAAGAUUAUCUUUAUAUCGCUGAUGCUGCUGUCUGUUGUCAAUGUUUGUGCAAUGCACGUUCCGAUCAUGCUAGUGAUUUCGCCGGCAUGUCUGCUGACGACCAGCAAACAGAGAAAGCUCAUCCACCUCAUUUCCACCCUUAUCUCUGUGUACUUAAUGGCGAAAAUGGUCUAUCAGAUCGAUUAUAUCAAGCACUCUUUCUUCGAUGUCAACUGUACUAGGUACGAUGAGAACAAUACACUGAAUGUAUCUUCGUACAACAACGCAGACUGGGUAGGGUUUACUAAAUCAUCGAGAAAUAAACCCUUGAUAGUGCUACUCAAGGGAUACAUUGCAAUGAUUGCACUGUUCACGUUCCACUCUUUGGUUACAUAUCGACAACAGACUAUAAGGGCAAAGGGUUUGAUACCUCAUAACAAGGACAAAGUAAUGUUUCCCGACAUAAGCCGCGUCGAAGCUGACAAGGACCUUAUACACUGCAUCAAAUACCUCUUCAAUUAUGGCUUUUACAAGUUUGGAGUUGAGAUUACCCUUAUGUGCCUAAUGGGAGUAAUAGGCUCUCGCAUGGACGUCUACGCGGCUAUAUACGCCAUAUGGCUUCUAGUCCUCGUCACUCUGUCCAGGGUCAAACAGAACCGAGUGUGGGGCGCGUUCACAGUGUACAUAACUCUGAUUAUUCCGAUACAGUAUCUGAUAUCUGUUGGGUUUUUGCCGCAGUUCUGUAUAACGUAUCCUUGGAGCGGCGAAAGUGAGCAAAUGAAACACCUACGGACGUGGCUCUACCUACCCUACCCCGACGCGCCGCCGCACGCCUCCAAACUCAUCUUCGACUAUUUCCUGCUCAUCUUCGCCUCGAGACAGUUCCGGGUGUUCCGCAUAGAGCGAAGCGUUGGUGAUAACUUCCCGGGAGGGUCGAAUAGAGAGGAUAUAGGCAAGGAUUGGGAGACCCCGGAGUUUGUCAACCCGGUGCCGGACUUUUUGGGAUACAUUGGCACUUGGCUAGACGUGAUAAAGCGCAUGGUGUUCCUGGGCAUGCUGUGGGUGACGCUGGCCAUCAUGUUCCUCACGGGAACCAACAGAGUCAACCUCUUCUCCAUGGGCUACUUAGUUGGCUCGUUCAUCUUCCUGUGGCAAGGAACGGACUUUUACUUACGGCCGAAGCAUACUAUUUUGCUGUGGUGGUCAUGGCUGCUCCAGUACAACGUGACAGUGGUAGUAGUGAAGGCGUUCCUGCAGAUCCCGGGCUGCAUCUUCAGCUCCGUGAUGCAGCAGCACGCGUGCUGGCUCGUGCAGCUGCUCGGCAUCGGGUGUGUGGACAAGUUCGCCGGCGGGAAUAUCUCGCAUUUUAUUAGGAUGAAGUAUGUAAAGCAAGCGACAUGCUCAGUGCCUCAAGAGGACAUCGGCCUGGCGUGGGACGGCGUCUGCUUCGCCUUCCUCAUUCUGCAGCGACGCCUGUUCCACAGCUACUACUUCUACAGAGUUAUUGAUGAGAGCAAGGCUACCACUGUUCUGGCUUCUAGAGGCGCCGAGCUAAUAGAAGAACUAAGGCAGAAACAGAUGACGCUACAAGAGGACCAAGAGGUAAAGAUAUUGGAGAAAAUCAAAGUGAAGAUGGAGAGAAUCAAGGCCAACCAGAAAAAGAUUCAAGGUGCUCUUGCCAAGGAUCCCAUACACCACGACCGAGCACGGAGCAGGCCGACAUACGCGCCGCCCUCCAGCCAUCAGAAGGCGGUGCGUUCGGGAGACUACUACAUGUUUGAAGAAUUUGAUGACACCGACGGAAUGCUCAAAGGUGAAGAAUCCAGUUCUGAUGAUGAAGAUGCACCUAAGGAAAUGGGCUUAGGAAAGCUUCUGUCGACGGCGAUCAAGACGGACCUCAAGCACGCGGUCAGCUUACGGCGGCGGUCCAUGCCGGCGAUACCGUCGACCAGCGGAUCGAGGCCUCUCGGGUCGCCGAGGCCUUCGCCUGGACCGCACUCCUACUCGUAUGAUCUGCGUCGCCCAUCGCGAGACAGUCGGGCACCUUCUGGCGGCAAGGAUCAUGACGAAUCUAUUCUUGAUGACUUCACCUCACAGCCUGAACAAGAGACAGUCCCGGACCGUCUGCGGCGCUACCUGGAGACGGCGUGGGCGUGCGUGUGCAGCGUGCUGGUGUCCCUCACGCGCCACGUCAUGCGCUACUCGCGCGACUACCGCUACAUCUCGCGCACGCUCGCGCUAGAGAAGAAGAUACUCAAGGAAUCUGAAGGUUUUGGCAUUGGUUUGCGCGAGGGAGCGCAGCAGGUGUGGGAGCCGCUGCCAGAGACUAUUGUCAUGCAACAAACCCGUAAGUUAAGUGACAUAAGCGUGCCGGAAAUACGCAUUUUGGCGCCAAGCAUGGAGGGAGGCCUGGACAACACCCCGCUUUCUGCCCGGCGCAGCCCCGCGGCGCUGGGGCCGGCCUCCACUGCCUCCCCGACUGACCUUAGCUGCGAAGAUGAAGACGGGACCUCAGAACACGAGAGCAUGUUUAGUUUGCAGUCCAGCGAAAGCAAGGACCUAAGCACGCUAGAAGACCAAGACGACUCGUUGUUCCGUCAGGAAAAGUCCCCAGUGGUGCACCUCGCAUACGCCCUGUGGUACGCCAUUAUCGCGCACACCGACAUCGUGUGCUACAUCAUGGUGUUUAUCAAUCAGAUACAAUCGGCUACGAUACUGUCUAUCCCGCUUCCGCUGAUGGUGUUUCUGUGGGGAACGCUCACCAUACCGCGCCCCACCAAGACCUUCUGGGUCACACUCAUCGCUUACACUGAGGUGAUAGUGCUAAUAAAGAGCAUGUUCCAAUUCGAGAUCCUGCCGUGGAACCAGAAGGUGAUUCCCUCUAACAUGCCGUUCACCGCGCCCCGCAUCAUCGGGAUAGAGCGGAAGACCAACUACGCUCUUUAUGAUCUGUUGUUGCUGCUGAUUAUCUUCUUGCAUAGAUUCAUGCUAAAAUCCCUCGGGCUAUGGAAGGAGUCGGCACCGGAGACAGAAGUCCACGGCGACAUGGAGUACCGACUGACAGCCGACGACACGCAGCUGCUGGUGCGGGGGCAGGGCGCGCUCGUCGGCAGGAAGUACAUGCAGCAGACCGACAGGACUGGCCCAGCUAAACACUUGGAUGACGAGUCAAACAAGUCAACCAAGUCAACGCAUUCCCAAGGCGAAGAAAAUCCAGGCCCAUCGAAGCCACCUGAAGAUGACCAUUACAAAGUAAACGAUGAUGAGGAGCCAAUCAUAGCAGUGGUAACCACAUUCGAGAACACCUACAACCACUAUCCACAAGUUAUAAUGCUUUCUGUAAAGCGCUACUUAUCCCCGGUUCGCGUGUUCUUCCGGCGCAUGCUGGCGCCGGGCGCGCGCGUCACGGCCGACGUGUACGCAUACAUGUUCCUGUGCGACUUCACCAACUUCCUAGUGGUUAUAUUCGGAUUCGCCGCUUUUGGGACGCACCAAGGCGAUGGCGGCGUGCAAGCGUACCUCGAAGAGAACAAGGUCCCCAUCCCCUUCCUGGUGAUGCUAAUACUUCAGUUUGCCCUCAUCGUGAUUGACCGCGCGCUGUAUCUGCGCAAGUUCAUACUGGGCAAGAUACUGUUUCAAUACGCGCUGGUGAUCGGCGUGCAUAUCUGGAUGUUCUUUGUGCUGCCGUUUAUUACUGAGAGAACAUUCAACUCUCUCUACCCGCCCCCCAUGUGGUACAUGAUGAAGUGCGUGUACUUACUGCUGUCGGCGCAGCAGAUCCGCUGCGGCUACCCGCGCCGCAUCAUCGGCAACUUCCUCUGCAAGUCCUACCGCUUCCUCAACAUGCUGCUGUUCAGAUGUUUCAUGGCGGUGCCGUUCGUGUUCGAGCUGCGCACGCUGAUGGACUGGAUCUGGACGGACACCUCCAUGACGCUCAUGGACUGGCUCAAGAUGGAGGACAUCUUCGCCAGUGUGUUCUUGUUGAAGUGCGGUCGCUACAUGGAGGACGAGUUCCCGGCGCCCCGUGGAGCCAAAAAGUCCACGACCAGCAAGUACCUGCUCGGCGGCACCGUGCUCGCCUUCGUCAUCGCCAUUAUAUGGUUCCCGCUUGUGUUCUUCGCUUUUGGGAAUACGGUGGGAGAGCCCAACCCGCCGACCGACGUGACGGUGAAGAUCCGCAUCGGCCCCUUCCUGCCCGUCUACCAGAUGUCUGCGCAGGCGCAUAAUAUUGACGUGUUCACAGAAGCGGAGUACUCUCAGCUGAGCAACCUGUACGCGCGCGACCGCACCGCGCAGACGUUCCUCUCCAACUACAUGUUCAACGACGUGGCCGUCGUCAGCAUCAACCCCAACUCCACGUCCAAGUGGGAGAUCUCGCCGCCUGAAUUGGACAGGCUGGAGCGGGAGGCUGUGUCUAACGCAACAAUAAGCGUGAAAUUCAGCUACAUAAUAACUCACCCGAGCAACAGUGCGAACAACCCGCCCACUAUAGAGGACUCUCGGGAGGUGCCGAUGGAGGCCUACAUCGACGGCGAGCCGAACCCUGAGAGAGAGAAACUGCUGAAGAUGCUGUCGGGGCAGGCGUCUGAUGAUACUUGGCUGAACAUAAAGAAGCUAUUCCCCAAGUUCCUCAAAGUGUUCAACAAGGGCACCGCCAAGCCUCUGUACCAGCUCAGCGUGGCGUCUCCCGGCGGCGACGCCGACAACCGCUACUACCGCGACGUGCAACUGCGCCUCGAGCGAGACCGCGCCGCCACCUACUGGCGAGUGAGGGAACUGUGUGAUACGCAGGACCCGCUGCUGUCGAUCCCGCUGAACAACUGCGACAUGCUGGUGAUGUACACGUUCAACGACAAGCUGUUCCCGGAGACGCUCAACUUCAUCUCCGGGGGAGGCAUAAUCGGUCUGUACACGACGUUCGUGUUCCUGGCGUCACGAGUGCUGCGCGGCUUCUUCUCCGGCAUCUACAGCAAGAUCAUGUUCGACGACCUGCCCAACGUGGACCGCGUGCUCCAACUGUGCCUCGACAUCUACCUGGUUCGGGAAGCGAUGGAAAUGACUUUAGAAGAAGACCUAUUUGCUAAGCUGGUGUUCCUGUACCGAUCGCCAGAAACAAUGAUCAAAUGGAGUCGACCGAAAGAAGAGGAAGGCAACGAAGAACCGAGGGCGAUUCGACCCGCGCCGCAGUGAACUAAUCGCCUACAAAUAUCAUGAAUACUCAAAUGAAAAGAUGACAGCCUGACCGAGCCACGGCUACGAGUUAGGGACAUAUCUGGUAACUUGUAAAAGUAACGUUGCAUAGAAGCAAGCAUGACAUAUCUAAUAAGCGGGCUAAAUAAUUAUUUACCUUCUGUAAUACGGACGCAGGGUACUUAUUGCGAAACGAAGCAGAUGCCAGCUAUCCGGUCCGCCUAGCAAUAUUAAGAUACUCGGAUUUAUCUUACCUACUUUUUCUACAAAGUCUGACUCUGAAUGUUAGUAUGUUAAUGUAUAUAAUUGUUUAGGCGUGCAGUAUAGUUUAGGAAUCAGUGCAAUACCUACGUAAAAUGACCAAUAAUGUCAGAAUGCUUAUGUUGUACAGAAUUUAAUAAAUGUAAGAGUAACUCCAGUUUUUACUUUUCUCUUUUGAAUAUGAGAAUGUUUUUUUAUAAGUACAAUGGUGCCUUUGUAAUGUAGAAAAUGGAGUUUGUAUGAAUAUUUAGAAUCGUAAACCUACAUUAUAUCGCACUUAAUACUUUUCUAAACUGCACAUUAGUCAUAAUAGCAAUACAUCUUGAAAAAGUUUACCUAAUAUCUACAAUACAUACCUACUUAUACUAUUAGGUAAUUUAAAAUUUUGGUCGAAUUCUUAUUACCUAUUGUUUUAGUCUUUGAUGCACUAUUCAGUAGAAUCUUCAUGACUAUUUAAUGAUAAGAUGUUUACUUUGGAGAAAAUACGUAUUACAUACUUAAUCUACUGAACUUAGACAUUUUUUGGUUUAGAAUACCUACUUAUAGUACUUACUAAAAUAUAUAUAACUAUUAUUUUGAACCUUCUCUCUCAAAAUCAUGAUAUUUAAUAUACUUACGUUAAUUAUUUAUUUGUUAAAAAGUAAAGAGUUUUUAUUUACUUACUUAACAUUGUAACACUCCUCUGGAUUUGAUGUGACAUUGGGGCAGGAUGAGGUAUUUACGAAUAAGACCCUGUUAUUUUAAAUAAUUAUUUCAGUUGUAAGUUGCCUCACCUCUACAAUCCGAGCGCCACAUCCUAGAACUAGGUGGAUAGCCAGAAUAAAAUUUAUUCUAUGAUAGCCAGUCAGUUUAUCUAGUUUCUAAUCAAGCACUUCCACUAAGUAAUGUUAUGAAUUUACCUCAAAUCUUUUUCAUUGCAUUUUAUAGAUAUUUAUAAAUUAACAAAAGUAUGUAAGAAGUUUACUCUACAUUUUUGUAUUGUGAUUGUUGUGUUAAGUAAGCUGCAUUUAAUGUUGUCAAUUUGUGAUAAUAAAAACAAGUUUUGAAAUGUU